CCAAACAAAGUUGAACGCAAAACUCCCCAAAGAGGCAAGCUGAUCAGAGAUGUCGUCCGCGCAAAUGGACCCACACGACAAAAUGAGAUCACGCGACCUAAGUAAAGUCGCAAGAGGCCAGCAGGCGCCGAGACCAACGCACGCUCCCGGCACGGUGUCGCCUCCACCCCAGAACGAGGCCACGUUUCAAGCUAAGAGAGGAGAAGAUGGUGGAGAAGAGACUGAUUCGGCGAGGGAUGAACUGUUUCCGGUGACUAAAGAAACGCGACAUUGCUUCAAUCGGUAUAUGCAAUACCAUAGGUGUCUUGAGGGUAAAGGAAGAGAUGCGAAUGAUUGUAACAGUUUGAGAGAUUACGUACGUACGAUGUGCCCUGAAACACUGGUUGAGAAAUGGGAGGAACAGAGAAAGGCUGGGACACUGCCAUCGUCAAUUUGAAGAUUAGGUUACAACAUGUAAGAGUCUUUGUUAUAACAAGAGAUGUUUGGUUCGGUCGUUGUGUGGACCGUCGACAGUACUAAUAUUAAACCAAUAAUAAAUCAGAUUAAUAAUUAAAUGAAAUCAUAAUUAUCUGUUGGAUCA